CAAGUACAGUUGUUUUUCUUGGAUAUGACUAUUCUGUCAGGCCUACUUGUCCGUUUAUAAAUUAUGCGUAAUAUAUGGUAACGCCUUUUUCGCUUCCCCUACUCAUUGUUAUUUGAUAGUGCGUGUUUGUGUGAAGAACAAUAAACGUCAUGUUGCUAUGCCAGUGAGAAAAGGAAACGUCGGCCAGUGACCGCGGUCAAGUGAAACAACAACAAAAAAUGUCCUGACACCUGUUAGAAGUAAUACAUUUGAGUGAAUGAAAAGGCAUGGACCUAAGUAAAAUAAGAAAUUCGUUUGUUGGGACUUGAUUGAGGCAGAAGAAUAGCCGAUUUACUUAUGGCAAGUCCGGAGAGAAAUAAGAAGAUUCUGCUUGAUAUGGUGAAACAGCCCAGCAACGACCAUUGUGCCGACUGUGGGGCCCCUGAGCCAGACUGGGCCUCAUACAAACUUGGUGUGUUUGUAUGUGUGAACUGUUCUGGGACACAUCGGGACCUUCCUGCCAUCAGCCAGAUAAAGUCCAUACGCUUGGAUUUCUGGGAUGAUUUCCUAGUAGAGUUUAUGAAGACAAGGGGUAACGCAGCAGCCAAUGCGUUCUAUGAGAAGUGUGUUCCACCCUUCUACUACCGGCCACAGGAGAAGGACUGUGUUGUUCUUAAAGAUCAGUGGAUACGUGCUAAGUAUGAGAGGAGAGAAUUCACAGGAGAGAAUAACUCCCUUCAACAAGUUUAUAGUUCAGGACUUUACGAAGGAAUAUUAUGGAAGAAAGGCAAGGACAACAAGCAGUUCCUGAAAAGGAGAUUCCUGCUCUCUGAAACUGACUUUACCUUGAGAUACUUCACCAAGGAGGAUUCCAAGAAGCCCAAAGCAGUCAUCUCUAUGAAGGACCUCAAUGCCGUGUUCCAGCCGGAAAAGAUAGGCCACGCCCACGGGCUGCAAAUCUCCUACCUAGAGGGAGAACGGACCAGAAACCUGUUUGUUUACCAUGACAACAGCCAGGAAAUUGUGUCCUGUUUCAAUGCGAUUCGGGCCACCCGGUUUGCUUACCUCAAGAAAGUCGACCCUAAUGCCAGGGAGUGUGACCUUGUACCUUUGAUAACCAGAAGUAGCAUUAAAGAAGGCUACAUGGAGAAAACCGGCCCCGCGCAAUGGGAGACAUUCAAGAAGAGAUGGUUCGUCUUAAACUUAACGGACAGAAAGAUGUCCUACUUCAAAACUUCACUGGAUGCUUUGGAACUAGGAGCUGUCUUCAUCGGCACAGAGGUCCAUGGCUACUCUGUGAGGGAGGUCCAGCCUAAGGGGAACCGCAGUGGCAGGUGGAGGUUCGGGGUCACCUUGGAGACGCCAGACAGGCAGUUUGUCUUCCUGUGUGACCAGGAGCAGGACCAGAGGGAGUGGAUAGAAGCCUUCAAACUAGUAAUCUCCCAGCCUAUGCUACCGCAGCACUACAACACUGAGGCAAACAUGAGAAGGAUGACAAAAUGAAUGGUGUAUAAACUGGAGGAAAGGAAAGCAGCAUUUACAUGAAGAAAUGGCAAUGUGUGAGGCUGGCUGCCUGUUUCAGAGAGCCUACCAGUGACAGGCGGAGGCUUCUCACAAGAGGGGAUCAGUGAACUCUUCAAUGGAGUCAUGUUUAUCGGAAAAUGAUGAGAGGCUAAAUGAACUCAGGCUAAAGAGGCUAAACGAACUGAAGAGCUGCCAAUGUGGACCAGCACUGGUAAUCAUUGCAAGUCACCAUUAUCCAGGGCACCUUGCAAACCGGUGACAGGACUGACUAUUAUGAGAUGGGAACUGAUGUCAUUGUCGGGGACAUUGGGAAUGUAAUAUAUACUUUCUAUUAACUACUGUUCAUAUACACUGAGCAUAUAAAACAUUAAGGACAACUUCUUUCCAUGACAGACUGGCCAGGUGAAGGCUAUGAUCCCUUAUUGAUGUCACUUGUUAAAUCCACUUCAAUCAGUGUCGAUGACGGGGAGGAGGUUAAAUAAGGAUUUGUAAGCCUUGAGACAA